AUGAAUGGGCCAUCUAGAAUUUCUUGUAUAAAUGGUAAUUGGACAGAACCUCCUAAUUGCUUAGCAGAUGAAUCCAGAAUCAAAAUUCUACAACGUAGACGAAAGAUUCUUCGAGGAAAAUUAAGAAAAGUGUUAGAAGAUAAUACAAUAGAUGAUGAAUUCGCAAAAUCAUUAGAUUUGACUUGCGUUCAAAAACAAUUGAUUCGAGCCCCAGAAAUUGCAAAUACAUUUUCUGUAAAAUAUUCAAGACGAAGACGAAACUCAAAAGUAUUUAUUACUGCAGUUUACUCUUGUGCAAAAGGUUACGAAUUGCGAGAUGUCGAUAAAUUGUAUUGUAGCCAAAAACAUUGGAUUGGGAAACGACCAGUUUGUAAAAGGAUCGAAAAUAAAGAUAUUCCAGAAAUUUGUGACCAAAAACUGGCAGGUUGUGAACACAAAUGUGUGCUCCAAGAGGGUGAACCAGUAUGCGUUUGCUAUGAAGGAUUUGAUUUGGACUUGAACGAUGGAAAAUCUUGUAUUGACAUCAACGAAUGCCUUAAGGAUAAUGGAGAUUGUGAAGGCAUUUGUGUCAAUAAACCUGGAUCUUAUGAAUGUACAUGUCCUGAUGGAUUGCAAGUUGAUUCUGUAAAUGGGCGUAGCUGCAUAGAUAUCAACGAGUGUCUAUUAAACAAUGGACACGGUCCUUGCCAAGAUACUUGCGAAAACACCUGGGGAAGCUACAUUUGCAGUUGUGGCCAACGUGAGGGCUUACGCGGAACACGAUUGGCCGCCGACGGUCAUAAAUGUUUGGGCGAAAACGACUGCCUUUCCGGGGCCGCUGGAUGCUCCCACAAUUGCAUUAAUUUGCCUUUAGGAAGAGGAGCUUUCUGCACUUGUCCGGACGGUUGGGAGCUUAUGGAUGAUUGGAAAACUUGCCGAGAUGUAGAUGAGUGCAAAAAUGCUAGUUUAGCAAAUAUUUGCUCUGCUGGUUGUAUAAAUAUACUUGGAUCAUACUAUUGCAAUGAACAAUCAAUAAUACAUGAGGAGUGUUCAGUUGGAUUCAAACGCCUUGAUAAUGGAACAUGCGUAGACAUAGACGAAUGUUUAGAAAACAAUAUCGAAUGCCACUAUUGCCAAAAUACUAUAGGCAGUUAUCAAUGCAAGUGCAACUCCGGAUACCAAAUGUCUGCUGAUGGUACAUGUGAAGAUAUCAACGAAUGUUUAGGAGAAAAUAUUUGCCCCAUCAAUAAAGUUUGUGAAAAUAGUAUUGGUAGUUACGGAUGCAUUUGCAAAACUGGUUAUAUGAGGGUUGAUGAUCAAUGCAAAAACGCUAAUCCAUGUGGUACGGACAACGGUGGAUGUUCCCAUUACUGUGCAACAAAUGAACAAUAUGAAAUUCUUUGCAGUUGUCCCGCAGGAUACAUUUUAUCUAAAAACAAUAAAAUUUGUGAAGAUUUUGAUGAAUGUGCCAACGAUAUGCACAAUUGUGAACAACUAUGCAUGAAUACUAAUGGUUCAUUUACAUGCAGUUGUAGAGGAGAAUAUUUUUUGCAAAAUGAUAACACAACUUGCAAGGAUAUAGACGAAUGUGUUGAUAAUAAUGGUGGUUGUUCUCAUAUUUGCACAAAUUUUCUUGAUGGAUUUGAAUGCAAGUGCCCAAUAAAUUAUGAACUUCUUGACAAAUAUACGUGCAGAAUUAUAAACAGUUGUUUGGAAUGUAAUGGAGGAUGUGAAUAUAUUUGUGAGUUUAAUAAAAAUCAAACCACAUGCCAAUGUCAUGAUGGUUAUACAUUACUGGACGAUGGUAAAUCAUGUGCAGACUAUGAUGAAUGUGCACAUGACAAUGAUUGUUCACAAACUUGCAUUAAUUUAGAAGGAUCAUAUGGAUGUACUUGCAAUCAAGGGUUCUACUUAGGACAAGAUAAUAAAACCUGCAUUGAUAUUAACGAAUGUUUGAUAGACAAUGGUAAUUGCUCCAAUUCAUGUGUCAACACCUUAGGAAGCUGGAAGUGCGAGUGCGAUUUAGGCCAUAUGUUAUCCUCAAAUAAUCUAACAUGCAUUGAUAUUGAUGAAUGCAUUCUUCAAAAUCCUUGUACACAUGAUUGUGUAAAUAAAAAAGGCGGUUAUGAUUGUAUUUGUCCUAAAGGAUAUACUUUAUCAAAUGAUAUGGUAACUUGCAUCGAUGUUAAUGAGUGUUUGCUAAAUAACGGAGGCUGUUCACAAAUUUGUGAAAAUAAUUUAGGCUCAUACAAUUGCAAAUGUUAUAAUGGAUACAGUUUAUCUAACAAUUUAAAGUCUUGCUUAAGGCAAAAUAAAUGUUUAGAAAAACCUUGUUCUCAAAGGUGCAGAGUCAUCAAUAACGAAGCAAGUUGCUAUUGUAAGAAAGGAUAUAAAUUACUAUCGGAUAUGGUAACUUGUGUGGAUAUAGACGAAUGUGAAUUCCAGAAAUUCUCCAGAAUUUGUGAACAUAUUUGCAUCAAUGAAGAAGGCGAUUUUAAAUGUGCUUGCAACUCUGGUUAUAAAUUAUCAACAAAUGGCAAAAGUUGCCAAGAUGUAAAUGAAUGCCAAAAAUAUCCUAAUUUGUGUGAACAUCAGUGUGUGAAUGCAAUUGGCAGUUAUAAAUGUUUGUGUCCUGAAGAUCAUGUGGUGCUACCAACUGGCGGUUGUAUGAAACAAGAAAAAAAAUGUACACAAUUAAGCUUCCCGGAAAACGGGCGAAUAGAUUGCGUCGAAGAAAACUUUGUUCUUAAAUGCUCAAUAACUUGCACAGACGGCUAUGUACUUUUUGGAAAAUCAGAACUUUACUGCAACCAAUCAAUUGGAACAUGGAAUACUGAUACAAAUAUCGAAUGUAUUGUACCUACAACGUGUCCAGAUUUACCAAAUUUAGAACAUGGAACAUUUUAUCCCCAGAGCUGCAACUCAGGUAAGCAUAUUCCUGGAGACACAUGUUACUUAGAAUGCAAAUCAGGAUAUAAAUCAUCAUAUAACAAAGUUAUCAUUUGCAUGAAAAAUCACGAAUGGAAUUAUAACACAUCACUGAUUAGAUGUAAUAGAAAACAAGAUGGUUUGACUCCGUUUAUUAUUUGUCCAGAGGAUAUUAAUGUACAAUUAAAACCUCAUCAACAAAUUGCAAGAAAUGUAUGGAUAUCAAGACCGAAAUCCAAUGUUGAUUGGUGGAAAUACGUGGAUUCUUAUCCACCGUGGGCAAAACAACUUGUAGGAAAUUUUGAACCCGGAAAAACUCUUCUCACGUUCCGGGCGAGAACACCAGCAAGUUCAGAAGUUGCUGUUUGUAGAUUUGCAGUAAACGUUAGAGUUAUGGAACCAUUAACGGUGUUACGAUGUCCUACUUCAUUUGAGGUCCAACUGAAUCCAGGAGAAAAAUCCAGGAGUGUUAUUUGGCCUGUUCCACAAUUUCAACCAACACAGCAGAUAAUGGACCUUAAAACAUCACAUGCACCAGGAACUCUGCUGAUUUCUGGACUCCACCAUAUCCGAUACGUAGCAACUGAUUUUAUAGGAAACAAAGCAGAAUGCACUUUUACCAUAAACAUAAGAGAUAGAAGAGCAAUUCGUGACAUUCAACAAUUAUCUGGUACAAGAUAUAAUUUAUAUCUUAUAUGCGAAAAUAAAUCUCCCCGAAAAAUCUCUGCUUUGAAAAAUAUCAAAAGAACUCCAAAAGGAUGUGCAGUAAGACGAAUACGAAAUUUCCAGGAAAAAAAUUUAAAUGAUCUACACUAA